CCCCGGCCCGCGCCCCCGGCCCGCGCCCCGCGGCCCGCGCGGCCGCGUCCCCGCCGCGGCGCCCCGCUCGGCCCGCGGCCCAUGGCGAGCGCAUCAUGGCGAUCGAAGGCGGAGAGAGAGCCUGCGGUGUGCACGAGCUGGUCUGCAUCCGAAAAGUGUCCCCAGAGGCAGUGGCCGUGCUGUCAGCCAUGGGCGCCUUCAUCGUCUUCAUGCUGCUGCUCUUGGUCUACAUCAACAAGAAGUUCUGCGUGGACAGCGUGGGCGGCUUCCCAGAGUCCGGCUCCAGCCACAGCACCAGGCACGGCUCGCAGGACAAGCUCUACAACUCCUACCUGGACAAAGAGGAGCACGGCUCAUCCUCGGAGAGUGAGGACGAGGCGCUGGGCAAGUACCAUGAGGCCGUGUCCAGGACCCACAGUGCCAGGCUCCCCGCGGCUGAGGCGAGAGCGCAGAGCUCGUUGUGGGAGACCCGGCAGAAGUACAGCCCUCUCGCCGCUGAGCACGACGGCUACGGCAGUGAGGCGUCCCUGGACGGAGGACACCACAUCCAGAGGAUGAGGAACAGCCCCCCGCUGGACGAGUUGCAGCCACCGCCCUACCACGACGACAGUGGCUCCCCCCACCUCUCCUGCACCCCGUCAGAGAUGGGGGACGGCAAGUGCGAGCUCUCACACUGCUGCAGCAGCCCCCGGUGCUCCUGCACCAAGUGCCCCAGUGAGGGCAGCCCCGGGCCCGAGGCUGGCGGCUUCCGCGGCAAAGGCUACGACGAGGACGUGCCGAGCGACAGCACUGCCGUGCUCAACCCCGAGGACAUGUCAGGCCACGGGUCUCCCUCUCAGCUCCCCAAGCCCUUCGAUCCCGAGCCAGAAGCCAAGUAUGGCACGCUCGACGUGACUUUCGACUAUGACUCCCAGGAGCAGAAGCUUCUGGUGACUGUGACAGCCGUGACGGACAUCCCCACGUACAGCAGGACAGGCGGCAACUCGUGGCAGGUCCACCUGGUCCUCCUGCCCAUCAAGAAGCAGCGGGCCAAGACCAGCGUCCAGCGGGGCCCAUGCCCAGUGUUCACGGAGACGUUCCGCUUCAACCAUGUGGAGUCAGAGCUGAUUGGGAACUAUGCGGUAAGAUUCCGGCUCUACGGUGUCCACCGCAUGAAGAAGGAGAAGAUCGUGGGUGAGAAGAUCUUUUACUUGACCAAGUUGAAUCUCCAGGGAAAGGUGUCGCUGCCAGUGAUCCUAGAGCCUUCCUGCGAGCAUUCUGGCUGCGCAUCGCAGGUGAGUGUGUCGGAACGGUCCUACAGCCGGAGCGUCUCCUCCUGCCAGUCCCUGGAGCGUGGCUCCGUCCCUGAGGUCCUCCUGGGCCUGCUGUACAACGCCACGACGGGGAGACUCUCGGCGGAGGUCAUCAAGGGCAGCCACUUCAAGAACCUGGCAGCCAACAGACCACCCAAUGGACUGUUCUGUUGUCUAAAACACUUGAUAGGUGGACAGGUUUAUAUAAUCCGAGAUACCUAUGUCAAAUUGACGCUGCUGAAUUCCAUGGGCCAAGAGAUGUCCAAGUGCAAGACCUCUGUCCGCCGUGGGCAGCCGGACCCCAUAUUCAAGGAGACCUUUGUCUUCCAAGUGGCCCUGUUCCAGCUGUCGGACGUGACGCUCAUCCUGUCUGUGUACACCAAGCGCAGCCUGAAGCGGAAGGAGAUGAUCGGCUGGCUCUCGCUGGGCCUGAACAGCUCGGGCGAGCAGGAGCUGGCACACUGGGCCGACAUGAAGGAGUCCCAGGGCCAGCAGGUGCGGCGCUGGCACGCCCUGCUGGAGUCAUGAUGGGAUGCGUGUGGAGUCCACUGUCCGCAUGGAGAUGGUGCCCACCAGGGGCUGGCCUCGGGGAGUCCACCUCCCCCGAGCCCUCGCCCAGCCGGAGGUUCUGUGGAGAGGUGUGGGGGCCAGGCAUUGUGGGG